AUGAGUGAUAAUAAAAAAAGAAAAAGAUUAGAAACAAAUAAUAAUAGUAAUAAUAAUACAUCAUCGAAUACAUCUAGUUUGGUUUUUACAUCGAAUAAAGAUACUAAUAGCGGUGAAGAUGCAUUCUGGAAGGUAUUUAGAAAUAAAUUUUUAUUCAAAUUAAUAUUUUCAAAUUUCAAAUUCAAAGAGUUAUUCAGCUAUGGUGAUUUAAUUGGUUCACGUUAUAUUUUUAGAGGUUUUAGUAAUGGAGAUGCUAUUAUUAGAGAUAAAGUAAAAAGUGGAAAUUAUGAAUGUAAAGAUUUUCUUGAUGCAAUAUUGAUCAUUUCCAGAAUCACCAAAGAUACCAAAGAGAACAGAGAAUUCUAUAGACAACUAUUUUCAUCAAAACAAUACCACAACACAUAUAAUGGUGAUAACCAUAGUUUCAGCAACUAUUCAUUCUGGAUACAAUUAUUUGCAAAUGAAAGCAAUAGAACCGCAUUUCUCGAAUACAAUAAACUUUUUCAAGUAGAUAAAAAAAAUAUUUCAGUAAAAUUAAUUAAAAAGAUCGGUAUUAGCAAAAAGAACUUAAAGCUUUUAAAGAUGAAACCUUUUUUAGAAUCAAACGGAUUUACAGUUACUGAAUCGUUAUCAGUAUAUGAUAUUAUUGGAUGUUUUGAAUAUUCACAACAAUUCAAAGAGCUCAUAAAAAUUUACAAGUUUAUUAUCGCUGAAAACUACAGACCAAAAGAAAAAUACAACGAUACAGUACAACAACUAAAUCACCAAUUAGAAAUAAAUCAAUUUAAUACUAUACAAUUAGAAUCAACUAUUGAGAAAAUAUCGCAAUCAAAUGAUCAAUAUUUAAAACCAAUAAUCCACAACAUACUCAAAGUACUAUAUUCAAUUUAUAAAUUAAAAUUCCAAGAUUUAAAUCUAUUUAAACCAAUUGAAUACUAUAUAUUCUUUAAAGAAAAGGCUAGAUUCGAACAAGUUUUUACGUAUAAAAACCCAACAAAAACUAAAUCCAAGUACUAUAAUUAUCUAUUCACAGUUAUAAAUAGUGACAGUUGCAUUGAAUAUCAAAAAGACCUAGUUAAAUCAGUAUCACCAUACAUAUCUAUUUCCGAAAGGUUUUGUAUUGAAAAUGCCAUUUUUUCAAGCAAUAAUUUAGAACUAAUCGAUCUUAUGUUCAAGCAUUUCGGAAACUCAUGUUUUUUUUGUGAUUAUCAACCAUAUAUUACAAAAACCGAGAUAUUAGACUACUUUUUCAAUAAUCAUCAAAGAUUAAUGUUUAGGGUCAAUAGUCUACUUUGGAUUUUCGUCGACAACAAAGUUAUAGACCAUUUCGAAGAGUUAAUGAAGAGUGUUUCAAGAAACUUUUUUAUUAAAUUGAACCCAGAAUACGUGGGAUAUCCAAUUAAAGAUAUUUUCGAAAGAUUAGAAAGAGCACUCAACAAUCCAACACUUUAUACAUUUGAAAGCAAUAAAGAUUAUCCCACAAACUCUAUUAAUAGAUAUAAAUCGUAUUUUUUGGAACAUAUGAAUUAUUAUAAACAGGAUUCCGCAAUAUCAAUGUUAGAAAAGCAUAUAGAAAAAUAUGGCAUUUCAGAAUACUUUGAUAUCGAACCAAUUUUAAACACAGCAGGAUUCCGUAACUGCCAUAAAUUCAUACACUGGAUCUUUCAAGACCUUUCAGACCAAUAUAUUGAAUCAAACAUAUCAAAUGAAGAGUUAACAAUUAAAUCAGGUAUAAAUACAACAAAUAAUCAAAAGUAUGAAAUUAAAAUCAAACGCUUUACUAGUUGGGAACUGCUUUUAUUCUACUGUGGUCGUCCAAAUAUUUUAUAUCAAAACUUAAAUUCAAAUUCACAGUUAAUGGAAAAUUCAUUAAAGUUUCUUUUUUUUAAUAGAAUUAUUAGAGUCAAUUUAUUUUUAAAUUUACUUGACUAUAUAUCAAAAUCAGAUUUGCAAGGUGAAUUUUUUAGCAAAUUAUUAAAAAAAGCAGCAAGGAUUGGUUUAGUUUCAAUUUUCAAAACCAUUUCAACCAAAUACGAGUAUUUAUAUUAUGAAAAAAGCGAUAUAAGUGGUCUUUCAAUAAUAAACAAUAAAAUUUUUUAUGAACUCAAAACAAAAGGUUUUAACAGUGACCUCAGAUUUUUAUCUAAAUACACAAGUGAAAAUAAUAUUAUGUAUAAAUGGGAGAAAUAUAACUUUAUUUAUAUAAAUGACUAUCAACCAGCACUUUGGUAUAUCUAUACUUUAAUACGGUUGAAAGCCCUCCAUUAUUGUAAAUAA